UUGUAACCUUUGGAGCAGGUUCCUCGGCCGCUGCUCACUGGUGAUUUUGCUGUUGUUAAGCCAUGGGCAAUAAACACUUCGCAUUUCUCGCCAGAACUGUGCUUGUGAGGAACAACAAUGUCGAUGAAGCUGCAAGGUUGUUGAACAGAAUCUUAGGCAAGGAGGAUAUCUUCGACCAGUUCAGAAGAACAAGGUACUACGAAAAGCCUUUUCAGCAAAGGAGGAGGAUAAACUAUGAGAAGUGUAAGGGGAUAUACAACGAAGAUAUGGCGAGGAAAAUUAACUUCAUCAUGAGAAAAAACCGCGAAGAUCCAUAUCCUGGAUGCCAUUGAUUCAUUUCAGUCGUUGAACAUUUUGUAAAUAUAAAAAUUUAUAGUUUAAUAAAUAGAAUACGAUU